AUGGGCGAGCAAUAUGAUGAUUGGGGCAAUCCGAUCGUUAGGCCUCGCUAUGAGCCAAGAGACCAGAGUCUCAUUGGCACCUUGAGGCACUUCUUCACCCUUGCCAUCCGGCGAUACCGAACACUUCUCGCCACGGGGCUGUUCGCAUUAUGUUUGUUGUUCUAUUGGAACGCUGCACCAAGACGUACUCCCAAGGUGCCACCUACCGACUGGAGCCGGUUUGCCUAUGUGCAAUACGUCACAGAUAAUCAUAACUUGUGCAACUCAUACAUGGUCUUCGAAGCACUACAUCGAUAUGGGAGCAAAGCAGAGCGAGUGAUGCUCUACCCGGAUGAGUGGGAUCUUGAAGAUGAAUCACCGCAAGAUCGAAACAGUCAACUCUUGAUCCGGGCACAAAAGCUAUGGAACGUCAAACUUCGCCCAGUGUCGCUGCUCGAUACGGACGGUAAAGCACAGCCUGGAACACUCAACGCACCAAGCUCGUGGGCGACAUCAAUAACAAAGUUGCGCGCUUUCGAGCUUGGUGAGUACGAUAGAGUUCUACACAUCGACAGCGACAUCACGCUGCUUCAACACAUGGACGAGCUAUUCCUGGCACCAAAGGCACCGAUCGCAAUGCCGCGAGCGUACUGGUCGGAUGAAACUAAACCUCAAGACUGGCAGCUCACGAGCCUGCUGAUGCUACUCGAGCCGAACCCGCUUGAGUUACGCAAUUUCAUCGACAUCCUCAUGUCCUGGAAGAUGAAGCCCGGCUUUCAAGUGGGCAAGAAUUAUGACAUGAACUUAUUGAACCAUCGCUUCGGCGCAUCGGCGAUGGUCUUGCCUCACCGACCAUACGCAAUGCUGAGCGCAGAGUUCCGCAAACACGACCACUCGGCAUAUUUAGGCACAAUCAACGGACCUCGCGCUCUCCAGUCCAAGUACGAAUGGGAUCCUGACCGUGCUCUUGCUGAGGCGAAGCUUGUUCACUUCAGCGACUGGCCUUUACCUAAGCCAUGGGUCAUGUGGCCUCACGAGGGCGUGGCAGAGAUGCAGCCGGACUGCGAUGGGAAGCCUGCUUGUCGAGACCGAAUUGUGUGGAAAAACUUGUAUGAUGACUUCAGGAAGCGUCGGAAGGAUCUGUGUAGGAUUCUCAGCGUGCCUGCGCCGGCGUGGAGUGAUUUGAAGAACCGGACUGCUCCUGCAUAG